GGGACACGCCGGGCUGUGGCAGCAGCUGCGGGGAGGCGCUGUCCCGGUCACCACAGGCGUCCAGCACUUUCAGACCAUGUUAAAGACUAAGUUGAAUGUCCUAACUCUUCGUAAAGAGCCUCUCCCGACAGUGAUCUUCCAUGAACCAGAAGCCAUUGAGCUGUGCACCACAACUCCCCUCAUGAAGACCCGGACUCACACUGGAUGCAAGGUUACAUAUUUGGGUAAGGUUUCCACAACAGGGAUGCAAUUUUUGUCAGGCUGCACAGAAAAACCGGUCAUUGAAUUGUGGAAGAAGCACACGCUCACCAGGGAGGAUGUUUACCCAGCUAAUGCCCUUCUGGAAAUUCGCCCUUUCCAAGUCUGGCUGCAUCAUCUGGACCUCAAAGGUGAGGCGACAGUGCACAUGGAUACCUUUCAGGUAGCACGUAUAGCCUACUGCACUGCUGACCACAACGUCAGCCCAAACAUCUUCGCUUGGGUCUAUCGGGAGAUCAACGAUGACCUGUCCUACCAGAUGGACUGCCACGCUGUGGAGUGUGAGAGCAAGCUGGAGGCCAAGAAGCUGGCCCAUGCCAUGAUGGAGGCCUUUAAGAAGACUUUUCACAGCAUGAAAAGCGAUGGCCGGAUCCACAGGAACAGCUCAUCGGAGGAAGUGUCUCAUGAAUUUGAAUCUGACGAUGGCUGACUGAACUCAUUCACAGUUCAGCAAAGGCAGAAAUGGCUUAGGGAAUGAGAGCUGAUAGAUGAAUAAGCAACAAUUGAAACUGGGUAAUGAAAGGACUGCCAAACACUUGUCUGACCAGCUUUUUAAAUCAGAAGAGCAAUUUGUACCUACAGAUAUGCAUCAUUAAAGUAAUUACGUUGCAUUGAAAUCUGCUGCUGUUGUAAAAGUGAGAAAAAGAUCUCCCUCCCCCACCUCUGUCACCCUCCCAUCACUGUCCCUUUCUCGUCUCUGUAGUUCAAGUGCAUACCAUAAAGUAUAGUCAUUCCUGUUUGUCUUAUGAGUCUGGUCAGGCAAUUUUAUUAGUUGCUUCUCUGGCAUUCCUAGCUGCAGGCUGCUGCUGAUGCACAAGAGCAAGUAGGCCUGCAAAGCCCUAAUGGUUCCCGAAGAAUCUUUCCCCGUGAUACAUCACACAGAUCCUUUGACCGUACGUAGGCUGAGACAGCCAUACACAGCCUUUUAGACUAAUGGCCUGGCAUUCUGCAGUUAAUUCACAUUUCACAGAUAAAAAAUGAAAGAUGCUUGUAUGUACACAUUAUAUCAUAUGCUAUCCUUUAUUUUAUUCGUUGUACCUAUUUUCUUAAUAUACUGGCUGCCACGUCUUUCACCCAACACCAGUAGUUGCAGUUUCAGACUAUGUACUGCAGGAUACCAAAAAGGGGAGGGCAGAAAUACUCCCUGGUGGCUGGGGGUUCAGCAAGUCAGCCCUGCUGUCUGUGCAUUAUCCUACCCUGAUGUGCUCCACAGGAGGGAGCCCGCUGGGAAGAGCUGAGGGACACUUGGGUGUGUCAGUGGUAGAACUGUGACUUCUCAUCAACCUCAGGUGUGACGAGAUCCAAGCACGGUGGGCACAGCUCUGUGCUCCCCUUUCCGCAUUGCUGGUUGAGCGACCCUGGUGGGAUGGAGCUGCACUGUCUCACCACACAGGGCUGCCUCGCUGUAAAGAUCAAAGGAGGUCAGGUUUGAACAUUGUUCUGGUUGAGAACCUCAUGUUAAGAUUCCCAUAUCUUUCCUUGUUCACAGAUAUACAGUCAUGCCUUUCUUAAAUGCAGAUGUUUAAUAAAACUCAAAUAAAGGAAAAACUUGUUUCACUUGAUAUUUUUUAAGGCUGAGAGCAGAUCAAUAGUUUGCAAGUAAUGCUGCUCCUUUGUACAAUUUUGUUUGUAACUAUGGUAAUGUUAGGGGCACUAGGGCACCUUACAGAAGCCUUAAAAGAAAGCUAAUCCAAGCAGAUAGCUCUGUGUCUGUGUUUUGUGUCUCUGUGUUUGUAUGUGAGAGUGUAUGUGCGAGUCCAGUGGUAAAGCAUGUAGAUUGAGCAUGGAGAUGUAUUGAGGAGGGCCCACACCUCUUGAAAAUAUGCCUGUUGCUUUACAAUGUAAGUAAACUGUUCUCCAGCAUAAAUGCAUUCAUACUUUAAUAAAAAAAGUUUUGAGUUAAA